AUGGCUUUUCCUGGUGGUAACAUUUUGCCCUUUGGCACCGACUUUGAAUUGCGCUCUAUGCACUAUGCCGGCAUAGCUGUUGCUCUCCUCGGCGGAGCCUGCCUCUUCUCCCUCGGCAAGGCCACCGUUGACGAUAAGGAAAAGGACGAGUCCUCUCCCGGGCUCCUCAAGUCCUUCUUCCUCUUCUUCUACUCCUCCUUCCUCAAGCCUCACCAGGGCGGAUCUAAGGCUUCCCAGCAAGAUGCCCUCGAGAGCUUUUACAAGAGACAGGCCGGAGCCUACGACACCACCCGCGGCAUCCUCCUCCGCGGUCGCGAGGACAUGCUCGCCCUGGUCGUCGCUCAGCUCAAGGCCAAGUUCCAAUCGCCCAAGGAUGCUCAAAAGGGUAAAACCGAAAAGAGAAUUUGGGUUGAUAUUGGCGGCGGCACUGGCUGGAACAUUGAAGCCAUGGGCGAGCACGUCAAUGUUGCCGAAUUCUUCUCCAGCGUCUACUUGGUCGACUUCUCCCCCUCCCUCUGCGAAGUCGCCCGCAAGCGUUUUGAGCGUCUCGGCUGGAAGAACGUCACCGUCGUCUGCCAGGAUGCACGCAAGUUCCGCCUAGAAGACUACGAGGAUGGCAUACCCGCCACUCAGAACCUGCUUCGCUCCCCCGCACUCAGCUACUUCAAGCAGCAGCGCCCGGAGCAUGGCGGCGCCGACUUGGUCACCAUGUCUUACAGCCUGUCCAUGAUUCCUGACUACUACUCCGUCGUCGACUCGAUUGGCUCUCUCCUCUCUCCGUCCGGUGUCUUCGGCGUCGUUGAUUUCUAUGUCCAGAACCAGUUCGACUUCUCCUUCCGAAACUACACUGCUGGUUACAUUGACCGUCACGUCAAUGCCCUCUCCCGCAUGUUCUGGCGUGCUUGGUUUGACUUUGACCGUGUCGCGCUCGAGUCUGGACGCCGCGACUAUCUCGAGUACAAGUACGGUACCAUUCUCAACCUCAACGCUCGCAACCGCAGCCUCGGCUACAUCCCUUACUACGUCUGGGUUGGAUGCCAGAAGAAGCCCUUCUCCAAGACCGCCCUGCCCCAUGAGAUUCUGGAGCGAAUCGACGCAUAUGCCACCGAGUCGCCCUACCUCUACCCUGUGAACCAAGGUGACGCCCUCACACGCGCCAUUGAGAGAUCUGCUCCCGAAAUCCGCUCCAAGGCCUUCCUCACCGCUGUCCAGAACCUCUCGGCCAACCUACCUCUGCCCGCCUUCUUCUACCAGAACCACCACUGGCGCAUCUACUACGACGACCAGCUCCAGAAGCACAAGCAGUUCAACGAUGAGUACAUCUAUGCCUUUACCUGGGAGGAUGCCCGUGUCGAUGAGCGCAUCCUCAAGCUUGGACCCGAGGACAAGGUUCUUGCCAUUACUUCUGCUGGCGACAAUAUCCUCUCUUAUCUGGCUCAGGGUCCUGCUCGCGUCCACGCUGUCGACCUCAACCCGACCCAGAACCAUCUUCUUGAGCUGAAGGCCGCCGCUUACACCGCACUCCCCUACGAGGACUUUUGGAAGAUCUUUGGUGAGGGCAAGCACUCGGAGUUCCGCACGCUCCUCAUAACCAAGCUCUCGCCUCACCUUUCUAGCCGCGCCUUUCAGUACUGGCUCAAGAAUGUCCACGUCUUCCAGAGCACCUAUGGUCUUUACGACACCGGCGGCUCUCGCCACGCCAUCCGCGCCAUGCGCUGGGUUUCCCGCCUCUUCGGCAUCCAGCGGGCCGUCAAGCAGGUGCUCGCCUCCAAAACCCUCAACGAGCAGCGCGAGAUUUGGCGCAACAAGAUCCGCCCUGCCCUCCUUUCCAAGCUCGUGUCCAACCUCGUCGUCGCCCAGGAGAGCUUCCUCUGGACCGCACUCGGCGUCCCCAAGAACCAGCUGGCCAUGAUCGAGAACGACCACGCCGAGUCGGACCUGGUCCGGGGCCCGAACCCGCAGGCCAAGAACACGCGCUCCCACGCCAUCUGGCACUACAUGGUCAACACGCUCGACCCGGUCGCCGAGGAGACACACAUCGGCGCCGACAACCCCUACUACUACGUCUGCCUCGCCGGCCAGUUCAGCCCCAAGUGCCACCUGCGCUACCUCGACCAGGAGGUGCACGCCAAGCUCUCGCGCCCGGGCGCCCUCGACGGCCUCCGCAUCCACACGGACGAGCUCGAGGAGGUCAUCGCGCGCAUCAUGCCCGGCACGCUCACCGUCGCCGUCGUCAUGGACAGCAUGGACUGGUUCGACCCGGGCUCCGAGGCCGCCGCCAAGCAGGUCACCAAGCUCAACCGCGCGCUCGCCAUCGGCGGCCGCGUCAUGCUGCGCUCCUCCGCGCUCGAGCCCUGGUACCUCAAGGUCUUCGAGGCCCACGGCUUCGCGCCCAAGUGUCAUGGAGGCCGCCGCGACGGCGCCUGCAUCGACCGCGUCAACAUGUACGCGAGCUGCUGGAUCUGCACAAAGGUGGACAACCUCCGCCCGCCCACCCCGGAGCUGGACCGUGUCGGCAGCCACGAGAUUACGAGCCUCGAGAUCUGA